CCAUGUAAUAACCAAGCCACGAUGGGCAUCCAUGUUGUGCACAUUGAUGUAAACUGCACUUAAAUAGCAUGAUGCAUGUGUCCAGAAUUUUAAAUUACGGAAUAUUAACAAGUUGGUGCCAACGAAGGAUCAACAACUAUAACCCUUGUACACCUGAUGAACACUGCCGACAUGUGUAUGAAAAAUAAAACAUCAGAACAGAAAAGUUAAGAUAGACAUGGGAUUCUUAAACACAAGAGAAAUGACUGAUUACAACAAGAAUACCUGCUCUUCCUCCGAGUACGAAGAAAUGGUGGACUCUGACAUAGACCUCGAUGGUAACUUUAACACAAAUACUGAAAUGGGGUCAAAAAAUGAACAUGAAACUUAUGAUGGAAACAAAACAGUAUACACUGAAUAUCAAGAGUUGCCAAUAAUCAAGGUAAACGAGUUCAGAUUUGGCGAAUUGAAAUCGGAAGUAAAUGAAGAUGUUAUAACUGUUGUAGAUACAUCGUGGCAGGAACAUGAGCCGAAUAUUUAUAUUAAACAUGAAACUCAAGAUGAAAACAACACAGAAUUCACUGAAUCUCAAGACAAAACAAAACCGGAAGAAAAAGGAGAUAUGACCCUUGCUGCAAGUUCUUCAUGUCAGAAAAAGGGUCUAAAUAUAAAUUAUACGAAUAAAUAUUUAGUUAGUGAGCAACCAGAUCAAGAGAUUACAGGCAUUGAUGAAGAGUUUCGUGUGUCAUCAUUAUUACAACGAGUUAACAUUUUGUCCAAAAAAUCCACGGUAUCGAAACUACCAGUAAGUAAUUUUUUUGAAAACGAAUGUUCAAUAGCUAACAGUACGAUUUCUACUGCCCUGAAGGGAUUAAACAUUAAAACAGUGGAUUUAAGCGCAAUCGAAGAUCAUACUACGUUUCGUCCUCGUGAAGUCUUUGGUGUAUGCCCGAGUAAAAAAUGUAAAGAAUCGGUGCAUUUAAAUCCCUAUAUUAAAAUCCCAAGGUGCGACGAAAACAUUAAAUUAAUUAAUAAUUCUUGUAACGAAGCACGAAGAGCAAAUGAUAUUCAGCUUACCAAUGGAAAUAAACCUGUUUUAUCCACUUUGGGCGAUCGCGAUUCAGACGGAGAUUUUAUUGGAUCAUCUCAACUGAAUUAUAUUUUGCGUUCAAAACAGUUCAGGAUAUCUAGUGAUUUAGAGCCUACCACUGCAAAUACUACAUAUGGUUUUAAAUCAGCUGGUUUCCGUUCUGCCAAACGACAUAGUUUUUCUAAUAAACGUAGUCGUAGUCAUAAGCGUCUUGUUAGAAAUCGAAAGCGAAGAAGUGGCACAAAACCAUAUGAAUAUCCUCUGGAAGAUAGUACACUUCAGCAAAACAGCCCCGUAGAUUCGGAUGUAGAUGUUGUUUAUUUUUCUGAAAAAGUGGAUGAUGAUUCUGAUUUAGAAGUAGACAUUGUUGCCGAAUGGGACAGUAGUGAAGCAAUUAAUAAAAUGAGGGAAAACAUAAACCGUGAUCAUAAUUAUAUUCCGAUGAACAACGGGAUCACCCCCUUGGAUCAAAAUAACAGUUCUAAAAAUCAAAAUGGUGUUAAAGUUAACAUCCUUCGUGGCCGGAUACAGAAAAAAGCUAAGAAAAGUUAUCCAAACUUAGCAUUGACACGGAAACCUUGCGAUAUUCAACAUCACAGUCGUGAUAUUCAACAUCACAACUGUUUAGAACGGUUAAGAAGGCUUGAAAUGAAAAAUCUUUUUAACGAUCUCAACAGUAUUGUAACGAAGAACCCUUCUCCAAGAGAUUCAAAGAUAAGAAUCAUCCGACUCGCUGAAAAUGAAAUUCAGGCGUUAAAACAACGCCAGCAUGUAUUGUUAGAAGAGAAAAGGCUAUUUGCUCGUCUUGUGGCUGAGAAGAAAAACUUUAUUACACAAAAACAAGUAAAUGAUAAGUAAAAGAUCCAUUAAUACCAUAAUCAUACGUAUGACACUAUGGCUUUUUAUGUCUCAAUUUUUAUGUGUAAAUAGUUUCGUUAGCUUAGAAAUUGUAACGAAUGAAAUUUUAUCCCAUCACCAGACGUGCAUUGUCGAAAUAAACCACUGUGGAAUAAAUUUUCCUAUAUUUCGGCAAUGCUGAAAUAUAGCUGUCACGCGCGGCGGACUCUUAUAGUCAUAUUACUCGGAAUCAACUAUUUCAUUUUAGUAAGUUCGAAUCAGAUUCAACAAAACAAACAAUGUGAUACCAAGAUUCAGCAACUUUUUCAGGAGAUAAGUUCUUUUAAUAUCUACUUUUUUUGCUCACCUUAGCACAAUGUGCUCUCGGUGAGCUUUUGUGAUCGCUUUUGUCCGUCGUGCGUUGUGUGUCGUGCGGCGUCAACAUUUGCCUUGUUAACACUCUAGGGCCACAUUUAUUGUCCAAUCUUCAUGAAAUUUGGCCAGAACAUUGGUCUCAAUUAUAUCUUGGAUGAGUUCGAAAAUGGUUACGUUUGCUUGAAAAACAUGGCCGCCAAGGGUCGGGGCAUUUUUCCUUAUGGCUAUAUAAGGCUAUAGUAAAAUCUUGUUAACACUCUAGAGGCCACAUUAUAGUCCGAUCUUAAUGAAACUCGGUCAGAAGAUUCAUCCCAAUAAUAUCUUGGACGAGUUCAAAAAUGAUGCCGGUUGGUUGAAAAACAUGGCCACCACUUGGGCGGGGCUAUUUUCUUAUAUGGCUAUAGUAAAACCUUGUUAACUCUCUAGAGGUCACAUUUAUUUUACGAUCAUCAUGAAACUUGGUCAGAAGAUUUGUCCCAAUGAUAUCUUGGAUGAGUUCGAAAAUGGAUUUGGUUGCUUAAAAAACAUGGCCACCAGGGGCGGGGCAUUUUUCCUGAUAUGGUUAUACAGUAUAUGGCUUUUGUAAAACCUUGUUAACACUCUAGAGGCCACAUUUAUUGUCCAAUCUUUAUGAAAUUUGGUCAGAAGAUUGGUCUCAAUGAUAUCUUGGAUGAGUUCGAAAAUAAUUAUGUUUGCUUGAAAAACAUGGCUGCCAGGGGGCGGGGCAUUUUUCCUGAUAUGGCUAAAGUAAAACCUUCUUAACACUCUAGAGGCCACAUUUAUUUUCCGAUCUUCGUGAAACUUCGUCUGAAGAUUUGUCCCAAUAAUAUCUUGUUAUCUCAGGUGAGCGACUUUGGGCCUUGCAGGCCCUCUUGUUUCUAUACUGAUUCUACUAGUAUAUUUCAAAUAUCAAGUCCAAUGAUGGACGGGUAUUUUUCAGUGAAGAAUAUAAAGUUUUAUCCUUAAAAUGGUAUGGAAAUCAUAAUGUUUAUAUUUUUAUGAAUUCACAUUGUUAAUUGUGAAAAGGUAAAGGGAAAUUUACAUUUCACUGGAUGAAACAUGUGUUCAACCCACUUAUUUGCAUGAUUAUGACCAUUUGUGGACAAUGGAUAUUUCAGCACUUGCCCUCUGUAUAAUUUUUGCAUAAAUAGUAAAUACGGCUAUUUAUAGGUUAUAUUUUUAGAAAGUGUAACUCCAAAAUACAUAUUAAAAGAUAGUGAAUGUAUGUUAUAGCUUUAUGUUAAAAUAUGUUUUGGUAUACCCCACAAAGGUUAAUAUGUCAUGUUUGUUGUUAAAAAAAUAACAUAUUGAACGUAGUAUUGUAGCCUAGGUGUGAACUAUACUUAUAGCACCGUUUUAGGAAAACUGUUCUAUAAUAGGCGAAACAGUCUAAACAUGCAAAAAAUAGCUGAUAUUUUUCAAUUUCAUGUCAAAAAGAUAAUAAGUUAAGCAAAGAUCCAAAUGUAUCAUUCAACAAUAAUAUAGAGUAUCUUCUUGAAA